AUGUCGGAUAAGAAAGGUACCAGUGAUUUGCAUUUAUUGCUUAUGCUGUAUUAUGGCGGGGCAUUCUCUGAGUAUCUGACAAAUUAUUAUCUCCUAGAUAAACUUGAUAAAGACUCGGUGAUUUACAAACUUCUGGUGAUAGAAUCACAGCUAUCACGGGAAGUCAAUGGUAAUGUGGUCACUCCUCUACCAACAAGCGCUCCUGAGUCUUAUACAAUAGGAAAUCUUGGUGACAAUGUCCAGAAAAUAUGUGCUAGUAAUGCAAAACUUACCGAUCCCGAAUCAAUCAUGGGUAAUUUAUUAUUGGGGCACAUCUAUUAUCUAAAAAGCGAACCAAUUAAGGCUUGUAAAUGGCUAGAUAAGGUGAAUAUUGAUUUGGCAAAGUUGACCAAUUUGGAAACUGGUGAAAUGGCCCAAGACACUCAAGUGGCAAGGAAUUUCAAUCAAUAUUGCCUGAUCAAGAAAAAUGUUCUCCAAGCAUUGAUCUCCAAGGACCUAAAUGCGAUUGAAAAGUUCAUUAAUGAAAAACUAUUAAAUGUCCCUGCUGUGUCCAACAUUCAGGGGUGGUACUGGUUAAAUGUCUUAUUCAACAGUUAUUUUAAACUAUCACAUUCCAAGGACUCGAAAGUUAAUUUUACCACAGUCCAUCAUAGCAUCAAAAGUAAUGACUUAUUAUUGAUUUUGACAUGUGUAUAUUUUUAUGACAAUUUCUCACAGCAUUUGUCCGAUGAUUUCAAGGCGGAAUUCACCCAGUUUUUCAAGAAGUUUGUGGAUGUAAAUAUCUACAAAAACACAAACUUGCAUUUUCCUUCUAGUCAUCAGACCAAUUAUACUCUCGAAACAAUGAUUUACACUAUUUCUGAAUCUUUCAAACAAGGCAUUUCCCAAUAUUCCUAUUACGACGAUAUUGCUAAAGUUACUAAAGAAUGGGACUCUUUGAUUGAUUUGGACUUUUUUGUGGACUUGGUGGAAUUUUCUGUUGGAAAAACUUAUCAAUCUAUCAAGAUCUUCCGCAGUUUAAUAAUUGUCAAGAUACUUCAAUUCAAGCGUGAAAAUCUACUCACCGUUGAUCUAUCAAAGAACUACAAUUCUCUAAUGGAAAUUAUUGCCAUCACCAAGAACUUCAAGAGUUUCUACGAUCAGUCCAUCUUAAAGAUCCAAAAAAAAAAUAUUAGCCACACAUUGAUCGACGAAGAUCAUCUUCUUGUGUUACAAACUUACACGGCCUUCCUUGAAUUCAUGGUCAAUAACCUUAAUGUUUAUCAAUACGGCAACGUUAAUGCUUCAGUAUUAGACAAACAAUCUAUGCGUAUCGAUCCAUCAAAAUUUAAAAGUUUACAAAAAUUCAACGGCUUAUUGAAUGCCAAUAACUUGGCAUUUAUUUCCGAAAUCAAAACUUCGUUGCACGAGGCUAUCAGCACCGUUGAAAAUUUGACUAAUUUGGACCUCAAUGACAAUUCCGGAUUAAACGGUCAAAACUUUUUGAAAAAUCACUUGUCUUCUACCAAAUCUUUGAACAUUAUCAUAUCUCGGGCGUAUCAUGCGUUGAUCAGUGAAAAACUCUUUUUGUUGAAAAUUGACACCCAUCAAUUCAAAGCGUUUAAAAGAAACGAAGACUCUAAGCUUGCGGUACUUGAUGCUUUCAAAAAAUGUCUCUUGUUAAAUAACUUUAGCGAUUUGAGUUACUAUCUCGAGUUGGUGGUGUUUAUAAUGAGAUUUUUAUCAAUCGAAAAAUACAAUAAUGAGAUCGUGUCGGUAUUGAAAUCGUUAUUAGGCUUGAACUUGAACUACUGGAAAUGCUGGAACUUAUUAUUGAUAUUGGCUAAUAGUAAUUAUGGUCUCUUAAGUGAGAUGUCAUUUGAUUUUAUCAAGAAGCCUACCAAUGAUUUUGGUUUGAAUUUGGUGUAUACCGUAGAAUUAUUGAUGACCAAUUUUCUUGAAACUUCUGAAUUAUUGAACAAUAGAGAGCAAUUGAAAAAUUUCAAUAUUCUUAACGAAUUGAAGAAUGAUUUGUUAGAGUUGGAGCUCACCAUAUUGAAAAUUACCGACAAGAAAUCCGGUACUGAAUCUGCUUUAUCUAAAUUGUCAGAACUUUUUGAAUUGUUCCACUUAUUAUUCAAAGAUUAUGCUGAAGACGACGAGCGUCAGACUGCUACAAAGCCGGCGGCACCUCGUGCAGGACCUCUGGUUGACACAAGCACCAUUAGAGACAGUGUAGCCGCCUCAACCAAGCAAUCGGGAUUGAAGAUUCCACGGUUCAAGACUUUCCGCAGACACAAAACAAUGGCCAAGCCAACUGUUUCCACGAUUCCUCAACCAAGCAAGAAAAGUUCAAAAUUGGCUACUAAUAAUUUCUCGUCAACUAAAGUAUUUGCCAACAAGUGCUUACAAAAAGUUUGGCUUUUUGCCGCUGAUGUGUACUUGAAAGCUGGACUUUUCAAAGAUUCUGAAUCUGCCAUUGUUGAAGCAGAAAAUGUUGGUGGGGUUAAUGAAUACACCACCUAUGCAUUCGCCAAGCUUUUGAGUGGUACUAAUAACGUCACUUCUACGAAAAAGUUGUCGGCUUUCAAUGAGUUUGGCAGAUCAAUCGAUAUUUGGGAGGCUGAAUCUUCAACUUCAAGUUAUGUUCUUUCAGAAAACUGGCGAGCCAUCACAGGUUUAGCACAGUUGAUAAUGAAGGAGUGUGGAUAUGAGGAUGACAUAGAUGUUACUGGACCAUCUACUCAGGGCCUGUUUGUGAAUGAUUUGGAAUAUAUCGAUGAUAUGACAGAAGAUGAUGACAAUGAUGAUGAUAACGAAGAUGCGACAUCUUUUAACGACUCAAUGAAAUCGGCGUACGAUGAUUUUGGCACCAUGACUUUGAAAACUGAUAAUCUAUCAUUAGAUUCUGAAGAUGGGAAAUUCAGUGGCAGUAUUGCGAAAUCUCUGAUGUUUAUCAAUGAACAUGAUCGUCAAUUAGCGAUUAUGCGGGUGAAAUUGUUGAUUGAAAACAAUUUGGUGGAUAAUUAUUAUUACCAUGAUAAUGAGAAGGUCUGGGACUGUUUGCACCAAGUUUAUUAUCAUAUUCAAGAUGAAUCAAAAUAUUUGGAGUGUUUGGAGAGGGCUAUUACAAUCCAGGGGAACCGAUUGGUGCGUGAUUUGAAAUUCUUGGAUCAAAGUUUUUCUUAUGGCUUAUGA